CGUAGAGUACAUACUACUCUGUAGUAGUGGUUUGACUUCCGCUGCUAUCACUGUUCCAGAAAAUUUCAUUAUUCUCCGCCGUCGCGUCAUCAUUUAGACUACAGACCCGCCUCCCAUCUUCAUCAUUAUCGACUCAUUUUCAUCUUCUCAACCAUCUCCUAUUCUUUCAUCCCGAACUGCUUCUCCAACUACGCCGUGAUUGAUGGCCAUUUUUACCGCGCCCCGAUCGUUCCAGUACGCCAAUUCCUUGGUCUCGCGCCAGCUGGUAUCCCAGUCCGAUACAGGCUUCAUCACCCCCAGCCAACUCAUCGCCAAUGGCCGCCAUUCGGGGCAUCCACCUUUCUUUCAUUUAGUUCUGCUGGUCUUCGAGGCCGUCCUUGAGGUAGUAUGCGUCAGUUUACCGGGUUAUUUCGCUGCCAGACAGGGCAUGUUUGAUGCGGACGCCCAAAAACUCGUCGCUAAUCUCAAUGUCACCUUGUUCACCCCUUGUCUGAUUUUCACGAAACUCGGAUCGCAACUCACCGCUGAGAAGUUGACGGAUCUAGCCAUCAUUCCCUUGAUCUUCAUCAUCCAAACCUUCGUGUCGUAUCUAUGCGCCUUUGUUGUCUCAAAAUGCUUUCGAUUCAAGAAGCGCCGGUCCAACUUCGUGACGGCUAUGGCAGUUUUCGGCAAUUCCAACUCCCUUCCCAUCUCUCUCGUGCUUUCGCUCUCCCAAACUUUGAAGGGUCUUCAUUGGGACCGCAUACCAAACGAUAAUGAUGACGAAGUGGCCGCGCGAGGAAUCCUCUACUUGUUGAUCUUCCAACAACUGGGUCAGCUCGUUCGAUGGAGCUGGGGCUACCACGUCCUGCUAGCUCCGCGUGAACGCUAUCUCGAGGAAGCGGAAAGAGAAGCAGGAGCAUCAAGAAUCGAACAGGGUCAAGAGCGGUACACCGACAACCCCGAGCAGACAGACCCAGAUGAGCCCUUGAUUCGAAGCCGAAGCCGAAGCGAUCUGUCUCGCCGGCGCACUAGCAUCCACACCCAUAACGACGAAGAGUUCCAUUCUGGUGACCAGACUCCCGUGGGCUCCUACUCGUACUCCAAGACAUCCGGUCACGAUUCCGAUCAUGUUGAGGGGAGAUUGUGUGAGGACGAUCAUCCGGAUCAUUUCCCUCCUCUCAUCGCACAGCCACCCCAAGGCCCGUUCCUCCCUCGCCAGAAUACCGAGGGUGAUAUGCUUUCCUUCCCCAAUGUCGAACUCGCACACCGGGAAGCAUGCCCGCAAAGAGGAUGUCUGCAGCAAUUCCGAGCUUCUCUCCGUCGGGUUGGCAAGGGUAUUACGUACGCUUGGGAAAGACAAGCCGGGGCGGCAUUCAGGAAACUCCCGACUGGUCUACAGAAGGGGCUUUUCGGCGUCUGGGACGGGAUUCGCAAGUUCGUGCAUGGCGCGUGGGAUUUUAUGAACCCUCCCCUGUGGGCGAUGUUGGUCUCCAUUGUAGUGGCUUCGGUUCCAACCCUGCAGAAGCUCUUCUUCAGCGAAGGGUCGUUUGUGAACAGUUCAGUGACGCGUGCCAUUAACCAGAAUGGUCAGGUGGCCGUGCCCUUGAUUCUGGUCGUGCUGGGGGCCAACCUGGCGCGGAACACGCUACCGGAAGAGGCCCUAAAAGACUUGGACCACCCCAAAGAGGAGCGCAAGUUGAUCAUUGCGUCAUUGAUUGCGCGCAUGUUGCUGCCCACCAUCAUUAUGGCACCGUUGCUGGCGCUGCUGGCUAAGUAUGUGCCUGUUAGCAUCUUGGACGAUCCGAUCUUCAUCAUUGUCUGUUUCCUGCUCACGGGAGCGCCGUCGGCAUUGCAACUGGCUCAGAUUUGUCAAAUCAACAAUGUCUAUGUCAGUGCCAUGUCGAACUUGCUUUUCCAGAGCUAUGUUGUCUGGAUCCUUCCGUCGACUCUUGUUCUGGUCAUGUGUGCCAUGGAAGUUGUCGAGUGGGCGUCCGCUACUACAUGAGUUAUGUAUUCUUUUGUCGUUCACAGUAUGAUGAUAUGGCGUUGGGGUUGGUAUCGGGUUAUUUUCUUUCCUUCGCUUUUCUCUGGAUGAUCAUGUAUACAUAUUGUUAUCCGAUAGUAAUUUCCGGGAGUUGUAUCUCGUACGCUUUGAUGUCAACGAGAAACGAGAAAUAGUUCUUUUUUGCAUCUGUGCACUGAUACUUAGCGUGAUUAUAUAAACCCCACCUUCUCCUCACUUCGACUUCCACUUCCUGCUAUUCCUCAGUGACAGUUCUGUCAAUACUCGUCGAACAUCUCGGAUCAAACCCAAAGCGACAUUAAGAUCCAGAUGAUAACCGAAGAAGCCCAUGCAACAUGGCUCUGUAU